AUCCUGUCUCUAAUAUCUCGCUCAUAUUUAAUGUUGUGUUUGAUCAAACUAAAAUACCUUCUAACCACAAUGUUGGAUAUUGGUAUCGUUUUCUUUCAUUUAAAGGCUAACAUGCAUGCUCAUGCAUGAGUCUUCCUUCUCGGACGAAUAUAUGUAAAGGACUUAAACAAAGUACGUCACAUCCGGGAGACGGACAGUCCAAAAAAUGAGGAGGUUAGACGAUGUUUGUUUUCUGCUGUUGUGUUUAAAGGGAUCACGUGUCACAUGAACUGUCACUGAAUAAUGUUUAAUUGAGGUUAACAUUAACGUUAUACCAUCAAGUAGUCAUGCUUAAGAGCGAGUGCCCUGUGGAUACAUUCUACACUUGUAGCUGCCUUUGCACUGACAAUAUUUUUCUAGACGAAUACAAACUUCAUGUCCGAUUCGUGUCCGAAGAACAGUUUAAAUGGGAUUACCAACACAUUUUGAAAACCCUUGGUUGCACAACAGUCGACCAGUUUGAUAUAGUCCUCAAAAAGAUCCAUGCAGAGAUUGAAAGGCGGAAAAGCCUAAGUGUGAAAUCAGCAGAGAGAGCAGCUCUUAUAAAGAAGCACUACACACCUCUCCAUCCGCACGUCUACCACUUACAAGAGGCUUAUCUGGCCCCAGAAUUUAUUCACAUGAUGCAGUAUUCCUUGACCAACGAUGCUACUGAGGAGGGACUAUUAAAAUUGAUCCACUCCGACACUGCACCAAGAGUCUACAGGUUUCCAGUAUUCACCAAAGACUUCUGCCACAAACUUAUAGAAGAACUGGAGCAUAUUGAACUGUCAGAUGCACCUAAAGGGAGACCCAACACCAUGAACAAUUAUGGGAUCCUCCUAAAUGAACUUGGCUUUGAUGAGGCUUUCAUCACUCCUCUCCGAGAGCUCUACCUGAGGCCUGUGUCGUCACUGCUGUAUCCUGACUGCGGAGGCAAGUGCCUGGACAGCCACAAGGCCUUUGUGGUGAAAUACGCAAUGAAUGAGGACCUGGACCUGAGUUACCACUAUGACAAUGCAGAGGUCACCCUCAAUGUAUCCCUGGGAAAAGAGUUCACUGAAGGAAAUUUAUAUUUUGGGGACAUGAGACAGGUGCCGCUGAGUGAGACAGAGUGUGCCGAGGUUGAGCACCACGUGGCAGAGGGACUGCUCCAUAGAGGCCAGCAGAUGCACGGGGCACUGCCCAUCUCAUCCGGCCUCCGCUGGAACCUCAUCAUCUGGAUGAGGAGCUCGCAGGAGCGCAACAGACUGUGCCCCAUGUGCAACAAGAGGCCCACGUUGGUCGAGGGCGAUGGCUUCGCCGACGGAUUCACCAGAACGGAUGUGCCUGCCCAGAGAGCUCUGUGUGUCAUGCACUGAGGAGCUUCUAUGCUGUUAGUUUGUCGUGUCGCCUUGUUUUGCCUCUUGUGAGUAAAAGUAUUUUUCUAUCAACAA